AUCCAUAUCUGAGCCCUCAUAUAUAUACACCCCAAGGAUGAGUUUUUCUCACUGCUUCUGACUACUACUGCCCUCCUCCUCGACUUUCUGUCUCGUCGUAGGUUGUGAAGAAAAGAAACCGCCAACAUGUCUGAGAAAAAGAUGACUUCGAGCCGCAGGCAUCAUCUCAAGAGUUUGAUGCUGCAGAUUGCGGCAACCAUGAUUGAACAGGAGAAAAAGGAGACAGUAGCAGCUAAGCAGGCAUACAUGGCUGAGAGGUGCCCUGCCCCAAACCUGAGCGGGGACCAGGCCACUCUCAUGGAAACCUGCAGAAAGCUGCAUGCCCUCAUCGACUCCGUGGAUGAAGAGAGGUACGACUUGGAGGCCAAAGUUGGCAAGACUAACAAAGAGAUUGAUGACCUGAAAAUCAAAGUGGUGGACCUGGCCGGAGUGAAGAAGCCUGCCCUGAAGAAAGUGCGUAUGUCCGCUGACGCCAUGCUCAAAGCUCUGCUGGGCUCCAAACAUACAGUCAACAUGGACCUGAGGGCCAACCUGAAGCAGGUCAAGAAGGAGGUGAAAGAGGAGCCUGCGGAGGCCGUUGGCGACUGGCGUAAGAACAUUGAGGACAAGGCUGACAGGAAGAAGAUGUUCGAGACUUCGGGAAAGAAGAUGACAUCAAGCCGCAGGCAUCACCUCAAGAGUCUGAUCCUGCAGAUCGCUGCUAACUGGCUGGAGCAGGAAGCUACUGAAAUCGCAGCUGCCAAAGAGGCCUACAUGGCCGAGAAAUGUGCCGCGCCUGAUCUGAACGGAGACCAGGCAGCUCUGAUGGAGCUCUGCAAAAAGUUGCAUCAAUUAAUCGACGGCAUUGAUGACGAAAGAUAUGACGCAGAAGCCAAAGUUGCAAAGUCAGACAAAGAGAUUGAAGAGCUGAAGCUGAAGGUGGUGGAGCUGGCUGGAGUGAAGAAGCCCGCCCUGAAGAAAGUACGUAUGUCCGCUGACACCAUGCUGCAGGCUCUGCUGGGAGGAAAACACAAGGUGACCAUGGACCUGAGGGCCAACCUGAAGCAGGUCAAGAAGGAGGUCAAAGAGGAGGCUGGAGAGGGAGUUGGCGACUGGCGUAAGAACAUUGAAGACAAAGCUGACAGGAAGAAGAUGUUCGAGACUUCUUAAAGACUUUGCAGCCCUACAUUCAGUUCAUUCAAUCAACACUCCUCCUCCAGUACUACCGUAGCUCUUGUCCACUGUUAGAUCCAACAUUUUUAAUGGAAUUGGAAAAUCUCCAGUGAUUAAAUUUUCAUUUUUUUGGAAUAAGG